GUUUGUGGAGAGCCAGUCAGAUGAUGAAGGUGAUAUCUUGAUUUCAUCUUGGCUGCGGUUUCGCAGUUACCGCCUCCGCUGUGGUGAUGUAUGAUUUCGUGCUAACAUUCGGACAAGAGGUCGAACUGGUCUGGAGGCAACGCUGGUCCCUGAUGACUGUUCUCUAUCUCGGUGUGCGCUAUCUUGGAAUAUUAUAUGCUGUUACCAACAUGCUGACUGGAGUUCCGACCAUCCCGAUGACAGAUGCAGUGAGCAUUACCGUGUUCCUCGCAAUGGAGUGGACAAAUAUCGUCGUGUUUGCAAUGACAGGCGUCAUCAUGAUGACUCGGUUGUAUGCCAUGUAUCAGCGGUCCAGAACGGUGUUGAUACUUCUCAUUGUCAUCUUGCUAGCUGCCACCAUCGUCAAUGGAGCAUUGAACGAAAUAGUAAAUAGGCAUGCCUCAGGGGAGGUGUACAUUCUCUUCGGCACCUAUGAGUGUGCUAUUGACCAAGGGGAAGGUGCCCAACUUCUGACGCUCAUAUCUUGGAUAUUCACCAUUGUAUGGGAGGUCCUUGCACUGUUUCUCGCAGUCUGGAUUGCUGUAAAACGUUUCCGUGAACUGAGACAAUCAUCUAGAGGAGGGAUUAUCGAGGACUGUUUUACGGUGUUAAUAAGAACUCACGUGGUCUACUUUGCGAGCUUUGCUGCUACUGUGGGCAUCUGGCUCGCUAUGUCGCUUUCAACGAUCUCAGCGGACCCAUAUUCCUUGCAAAAUCAGAUUUAUGGUGGUGUCGCUCAAAUUUCCUCGCUCGUGCGGAUGUUUGUGCUGGGUCCACGCCUAAUCCUUAACGUUAGAGAACAUCACGCUAAGCCCGUGGACGACUCUGAUGCAGUAACCGCCAUAACUGCAAUUGCUUUCCAGGAGCGCACGCAUGUGUCAACAAGCAGCAGUGUGUAGCACGGGAGACGACUUCUUUACACUGGGAAUUCUGCAGGCGAGAGAAUAUGUUUUUGUCCCAAGCUUCGUUGUGGUACUUAUAUAAUUAAGUUGUGUUGUGUUCCGAAGUAGAUUUAAAAGAGAAGUAGGUCUGGACAAACAUUUAUCUUUAUGCA